AUGUUUAGUAAGAAUAGAUAGGAAUAAUUGAGAACAUUCAUGGCUGAAAAUCAGGAUCCAGUAAUUUUAACAAGUAUGCUUCAAUAAUUGAAUUAUUGUGUUGAUAAAUGUUCAUAAGAAUUAACAUAAGGAAAUAAUGAAAUAAAAAAUAUAUAAGUGGAAAAGAAGGUUAAGAGUGAGAGAACAAAAAGGGCUGUUAGUUAAGAUAAUACAUGUUAUAAUCCUCUAUGGUUGAUAAAUAAAGAUAAGAGAAGAAUUGUUGAACGACAUAAUUAAGAAUUUAAUACAUUUUUACCUUAAGUAAAAAGAUUAAUUUGAAUUUGAGAGUUUGUUUGGAAUGAAAAAGACAAGGAGAUAGAAUAACCAAAUUAAAGAUUGAAACCUUUGGCUCCAAUAAAAGGAACUAUCAAUAGACCAAGGAUAUUAUUACCAAAAGAGAUACGUAAAAACCCAUUGAAUUAAAGGAAAAGAAUUUAUGAAAGUUUGAUUUAUAAAGAAGGUCUAUGCAAUUUGAUAAAUAAAGGAUUAAUUGAUAAACAUAUUGAUGUGAGUCCAGCUUUUGAAUUUAGUUUGAUGCUUAUGUGAU